GGCAGAGCUCCGUAUUUAUAGCAAGAAAACUAGCAGAACAAACUAGAAUUUGAUAUACUAAGUCGGAAAAUGAAGCUUACAUCCUCCAUCUUGGUUUUAGUGUGCUCAGCUUGCUGGAUUCAGGCGACAUGGGCUCAAACAACUGAUGACCCAACUGAACCUAGAUGCGGAGGAAGAGGAUUGGGGAAUCUCAUCCCUGCCAUUGUUGGAGACCUCCCCGAGGUAUGUUCUGCCGCUGACCUAGGGGACACACCUCAGUGCUGCUCAAGAGACUACAUCCUCCAGAGACUCAACACAACAGAGGAGGAUUUCAGAGCAGCCUUGAGAGAUGAGCUGCAAACACGGUUCAGACGAUUCAGGGAUAUGGCCGACAGGCUAACAACGUUUCUCGAUGGUGACUUCCUCGAUGGCCUUUUCGCAAGUUUUGCUGACCUCUCGUACCUUCAACGCCGUGGAAACGUAGUCGCAGAAUCUGCGGAUGAGUUUAGACAAAACUUUGACAUUGAGAGAGCCAGAGAAGCCUUAGAGGGACAGGAUUUUAACGUGAUGGAGUUCUUGGAACGAUUCAUCCAGAGAAUUGAGGAUGAGGCAAUUACCGAGUUUGCAUCCACGCAACUAAGCAGCAUACAAGAAUGCGUGAAGAAUGUCAUCCAGGGAAAAGUCAGUGAGGUACGAAUGACGGCUUUUGCAGCUGCUGUGGAGCAAGUACGUCGGGUUCGAACAACUCUGGAUAAACUGACUGGUUUCCUGGAUGGAUUAAACACGACCCUGGGUGGCUUUCAACCACUGUCAGUGUGUGUGAACCGUUUGGUUGAGCUAGCUGACUGUGAUUCUUGCAUUGUGCCGAGGGUCCUCUGCUCAAACUGGUGUGGGGCUUUGGCUAAAGCCUGUUACAGUCCAUUCUACGAUACGUUUAAUGAUCAGUUUAGAAGGUUUUGGCCAAUUGUGCAGAGGACAUUUAAUUCACUGCCAGGGUUGUGGAGGAGACUCAAUGACAACCGCAGGGUGAUCGAUAUUAACUUCGGACAAUUCAGGUCCGCUCUUAGUGAGUGUGCAGAAGACCUUGUCAACGACUUCCUCUCUGGUCUGGGAAAGAGACAAGCUAGCGAUGGUAGUGACAAUACUCCCACUCUCCCCUCCACUCCCAAUUUUGACUUGGGGGAUCUCACCGGAGGAGCAUUUGAAUACGAUCGAUCUGGACCACGACUUUGUCGGUCGUUUAGCAUUACCACCAGAUCCGCUCGUUGCUGGGACGGGGAUAAUGAGAGAGAUAAUGAUAUUCCUUCAUUCGAGACUGACAGCAUUGAUGGACAAGACGAGAAUCCAGCCAUUGUGAUUCCCUCGUCCGACCUCCAGGCCCAGGCCGCCGCCCUUGGUAGUCCAGUGGAUACUCUGAUCAAUGACCCCACCUUCAUUGGCACAGCACCCGAGGGGGUGGCCGGCUCAGGGGGUGCUCUGACCGUAACAGUCUCCCUACUACUGGUCAGUGUGAUGGCCGCUCUGGGAAUGAUGAAUUGAUGCAAAGAUUGAACUAUUUGAACGAAUAAAUUAUGCUGAAGUAAUUUAAAUAUUGUGCUGAUUGUAAUUACAUUUUAAGUGCGUAUAAUUAUUUUUAUAUAAAAUUAUUAUAGUUCAUUCAGCCAUAGUUAUUAUUAAUCUGAA